GCGCUAUUAAUUAUUACAAAGCAAUAAUAUUGCGUGAUUAUCGUGUUUUGCCAAAUUAUUAGUGCGCUCGUGAAUCGUAAUUAAUCGUGUUUUCGCGAGUGAGUGCCAUGAAACAGCAACGAGGAAAAAACGAGGAAAGAGGAGAAGAUCCAGAAUGGCAUCAAAUGACGAUAUCGCAUCAAUCAUCAAGAUAAAAAUAAUUUUUCCCUAACGGAUUCGAUCGACGUGGCUCCCACUUGACAGUGUUUUCGUCUGGCAAUUAAAGUCGGAGCGAGAUUUCAUCCGAGUAACAAUAUCGAAGUUAGGAGACCAGCGAAAUGAGUCGAGUGGCAAGUUACUACCUUGCUUGAGUCUUCAGCAAAACGAUAAGAGAGAAGUUAGAAUGGACAUCCUGCUGCGAGACAUGAACGCGCCGUGGCGAUGACAAGCCUGAUCUUGGAGAACGCCGACUUGAACCGACUCUUUCCGAAAUGCCGGCCUAGGGGCGGCCCACCCCCGGGGGCCUCCACGCAGAGCAGCCAGCAGCCGCAUGACAGCCCCUGCCAGACGGAGGCCGCCGCUAUCAUCACCGCCACCGCCGCGACAACCGCAACAGCCGCCGCCGCCGCCGCUGUCACCAUCGCCUCCACGUCGACGAGCGUCUCCGCGAUAUCGGACGACAUGAUCGACCUCGAGCGUGACAUCUCCGACAGGUAUAGGAAACGAGCGAAUGGCAGAAAAAAAUCAGGUUCGCUGUCCCGUAGGACGGCGAGCGUGGUGCCCGGUUUCACGGUCGAGGGCCAGCUGCCGCACGCCACGAAGCCGCUUUCGUCAAGCUCGUCCUCGGCGUCGGGACGCAGCGAGGAUGCGCCGCAAUAUGGGAGUCUGCCGGGUAGCGAUCAUCAGGGACAAUCGCAGCAGGAUGACAGCGGGCCGGAGGAGAGUCCCGUGUACAUCCUCACCUCGGCGAAGGGAGGCCCCAGCUAUAAGCUUCGGGAUUCGAGAAUUAUAGAAAUUGCUGGUGGUCGAGAAGUAUUCUCACAAAGCCGAGGAAAGGUAGCAGCUAGAAAAUCAAGAUUUCUGGCUGCAUCAAAUUCUAUAAAUAACGAAGACAUUCAAACUGAUAAUAAGUUGUCUGUUAAAAAGAAUAACAAGUCCCCAAGCACACAGACCAUAUGGGAACUACGAAGCCGAUGUGGUGAAACUAGAAAGCAACGUGCAAAUCGAGAAGUGACAGAAACUGUGUUUGCCUCUGAGGUACAUUCUGUGCGACGCAACGCUGCAAAAUCCAUUUUGGAUUACGACUCACCUAAGAGCAACCGUAGCAAUCGUAUAAUUAAUUACGAUUCGAUUUUGAAUAGCAAUAAUGUAGAAUAUACCAUACCAAAAAGUAUUACUGAUUUGGACUAUGGAUUACCAAAGAGUUGCAUAGAUUAUCAAUCAAAUCACAACACACCUGCGAGAAGUAUGGCAAUUGUCAGCGAUGGUGAAGUUGUGGUUUUCGACGAUAUCGAUGACAACUGGCAAGGGCUACGAUUAGAUUUGGCGUCGAGCAAUACGAACCAAAUUACGGCAACGAGUGUGGACUUGGAGACGGACGAUUCUCAAAGAGGUCGUAUCGCACCGGAACCACCGAGUUCUAGUGUUGGAAGUACUCCUAGUCCUACGACAGCAUAUCACCGCAAUACUUCAGAAUUUUUCAAAGUUGUUACUCCGGCGAGCGAUUGCGAGGCAGAUUCCCCAUCUCCGGAACGUAACCAUAAAGUUGCGAGAGUCAUUGGUGAAUUACCAAUUGCUCAAUAUUCUGGUAGCCCGAGGCGUUAUGGAGUUCGCGAAAAUACACAACUUCCUAGCUUAUUAUCGUCGCCUUCAAUGUAUAUGACACCAAGACCUGGUUUUCCACAAAGAGUAUUACCAACAACACCAAAUCACAAUGAAAAGGAAGAUACUUCUGGAGAAAUUGUUAUAGAUAAGACUGUGAUAGAAAAUACUAGCAUUGAAGAUCAGCCUGUUGAUCCUUCAACUCCAUCACCAAAGGCGGAAGAAGAAGAAGAGGAUUCUUUAAAACCAUCGACUUUACCUGCUGAUAAUAUAAGCAGUCUUGUCACGCCAGGAGGUAGUACCUUCGACUAUCUAUAUGAAUUUUCUGAAACGCGAAAAGUACUAGAAGAAUUCUUCAAAUGUCCGGCACCAACGAAAGAAAAGGAAAACAAUAUAGAAUCCUUUCCUUUUCAAGAUCUUGAUUAUGAAUUACGAAGGCAAGGAGGAAGUGCAUAUGUUGGUCAGCGAUUAGCUAGUGGUCCACCAGUAACAGAGGAGGUUAUGGUACAUGAAUCUCCUAAAAAGCAACGGACAGAAUUUCCCCAAAAUACAGGUGAGCACGAAAACAAUUUUCUAGACCUCUCAGUAGGUACUGGUAGCAGUGAAGAUCUUGGAGAGACCGAGGUCGGUUUGCAAGUAGGACACUCACGUAAUUUCACGCUGAGCCCUGAGACAACCGAUUGCGAUAGCAAUUGCGGAGAUUUGGACAGCGAGGUGUCUCUCAUGAUGAUGGAUAACGAAUUAAUGCCAGCAAGUGGCCUUCUCGGAUCGGUCGGCGAUUUGGGGAAUAACUCGGAUUCUCUGAGAAUAUACACUAGCAUGCCAGUAUUGGAAGACGGUCUGUCCAGCGGUCAUGCGAGCGAUACUGAUAACAAUAAUCCUACUGUGAUGCUCAUGAAACGACAGAUAAACGAAAUAGAAAAAGAAAUUAUUCAAAGAACUCGUAACGACAUGUUAGGCAUGAACGAGAACGACUCCGGGAAAGAUGUUGGUCUGAAUGUAACAAAGGAUAUUUUACACACGUUGAAGACUUCAUCGUCCCCCGAUCUAUUUAUCGCGAAAAAGGAGAAUUCAUACGAUACAAACGAGUUGCAGCUCGAUGGAUUGGAUCCACUGGGCACGCCACCGCCGCCGGCACCUCAGGGACGACAAAGCGUAACCUUGGAGGUAAACUGUGGCGAAGUGGAAGCGGCCAUCAAAGACAUCAGAAUGGCACUGCAAAGGACUAAAACUCUCCCUGUGAAAUCUCCGUCCGAAGAUCCACCGGAACCGAGCGUCAGUCCGAUAUGGAUACCAAGUAUAAUGGACGACAGGCGGAGAAUCUGCAUGGAAAAUAAUAGCGAAGAAUCCGAUGCGCGUCGCAUAGGCGAUGAAGCCGAUGUGGAGAUCGAGGAAUGUCCGGAUGAAGAGGAAGCAGAUACCGAUCUCGAAACAGAUCGAUUGCUCGGACAACAAAGGACGGAUGAUCAAGGAUUUUAUGAUGAUAAGGGGUGGAGGAAGCCUAAAACUAGGACAAUGUUACCGCCAAUGAAUGCGAAAGUCGCAACACCAAAGCAAACCCCUCCCAAAACCUUGAGUGUCGCCCCAAUAGAAACGCUAGCACCUUCCGAGCCCGUACCCUCGACGUCUACCUCGAUCUCCCCACCUCCCGUAGUAUCCGUUAUACAAUCGUCGUCUUCUAACGAGUGCGAAGUAGCCACUCCCGCGCAACCCACGUCGAGUCCGCAGAAGACCCCAGUCAAAAACUCCCCUUCAUCCCCUCAGAGUCUCAAGGAAUCCAACAACAAGGUGAAAAAGGAUAAGGAAGGAAAAAAGAAGAGUAGAAAUAAGGAAGAUUUAUUGGACGAUCCAUCAGUAUUGAUCGAAGGUGUCCUAUUCCGUGCAAGGUAUUUGGGAUCCACGCAAUUGGUAUGCGAGGGUCAACCGACGAAAUCGACUCGAAUGUGUCAGGCGGAGGAAGCAGUUUCCAGAAUAAAGGAUGAUGGGCCGAUGCAGGCAACGCUCUUAAACUAUGGGGGGCAGCAUGGGUAUGGUCGCUGCAGCAUUGCCUCGCAAGGAAGCCUAGAGGAGGACGAGUGCGACUCGAGCGAAGAACUUAUAGGGAGCGCUUCUGGUGGGGGCCAGUCCGAGUCGCACGCGCUUGGGGCCCACCAGCCGAAACUGGCCCCGAUCAGUGGCUGCUUGGGGCCCACAACCGUUUUCAGACUACAAUUUCUCGGGUCGGUGGAGGUGGAAGAGGAAGGGGGACGUAAACGGCGUAAGCGCCUUAAGAACCACAUGGUGGAGGAGGCUGUGACAAAGAUAAAGGCAUUGGCACCGGAUGGUGACACUCAGCCAAGUACGGAAGUAGAUCUCUUCAUAUCGACAGAAAAAAUUAUGGUUCUCAAUACCGAUUUGAAAGAGAUCAUGAUGGAUCACGCAUUGCGCACUAUUUCAUACAUCGCGGAUAUUGGCGACCUGGUGGUAUUAAUGGCGCGACGACGCUUUGUGCCGCACGAAAUGGAAGAAGUACCGAAAAUUAAUCGUACUCCGAAGAUGAUCUGUCACGUUUUCGAAAGUGAGGAAGCUCAAUUUAUAGCACAAAGUAUCGGACAAGCGUUCCAAGUAGCUUACAUGGAGUUCCUAAAGGCGAACGGGAUAGAAGAUCAUAGUUUCGUUAAGGAAAUGGAUUACCAAGAAGUGCUCAAUUCUCAAGAGAUAUUCGGCGACGAGUUGCAGAUGUUUGCAAAGAAAGAAAUGCAGAAAGAAGUAGUGGUACCAAAAGCGAAGGGAGAGAUCCUCGGUGUUGUAAUCGUUGAAUCUGGAUGGGGUUCGAUGCUGCCAACCGUAGUCAUAGCAAAUCUCGCUCCGGCUGGUGCCGCUGCUCGUUGUGGACAGCUUAAUAUUGGUGAUCAGAUAAUAGCAAUUAACGGUGUAUCAUUGGUCGGCUUGCCUUUGUCUACGUGUCAGACUUACAUAAAGAACUCGAAGAAUCAGACAGUUGUUAAACUAACUGUCGUACCGUGUGCACCGGUUGUCGAAGUGAAAAUCAAGAGACCCGACACAAAGUAUCAGUUAGGAUUUAGUGUACAGAACGGAGUGAUAUGUAGUCUAUUGAGAGGCGGUAUCGCCGAACGGGGUGGGGUUCGAGUCGGUCAUAGGAUAAUUGAGAUCAAUAAUCAGAGCGUUGUCGCUGUACCGCAUGAAAAGAUUGUUAAUCUUCUGGCUACAUCAGUGGGAGAGAUUUUGAUGAAAACGAUGCCCACGUCGAUGUUUAGAUUAUUAACCGGCCAGGAGUCACCGGUGUAUAUAUAAAAGCGUUCAGUUGCCUGGCUGAUGCGUAGUGAACAGACAAUACAUCCGCCAUCCACUACCGUACACUAUUCGCUCUACUUUUACUGUACAGAUUAUUCUACGCAAAUCUAUGCUUUGUGUUUCGAUUCUUAUUGGGACAAUUCGAUACAUUCACCAGCUCCUGCUUAGUAAACAAGAUUACAUAGAGAAUCGCAUUAUUCGCGCCAAGGAAGAUAGGUGAUGCAGUUGCACAUGAUUAUAAAUAGCACAAAGCUCUUUACCAACAGCUAGAGCAGGGCUGGAACUGUAUAUUACGUAGUUUAAUGACAUAGUAAUAUUUAUAAAAAGGAUCUCCCUCUCUAUCUCUCAUGUGGGAGAUACUUUAAGGGCUGAAAUGUUUUAUUUAAUCUUUUUUAUCUUUAAAAGGCCGGCGAAUAUUUGCGGCUUGAUGCCCAAUGAUGUUAAUUAAUUUGUACUAAAAUUAUUAUCUAUCAUAGUAAACUUGGGAUGCGUAAAUCUCGUAAUAAAUAACGAUAUAGUAAUUAUAUAGAAGAGCGCAAUAAGCAAGAUUUUUCUUAACGAGUAAUUCGUUUUACAAGAUAUUAAGGUGAUUUUUCGCAAGUGAUUUGUGUGUUAUAUUGAAAAAGAGAAAAAAAUGAUCCACCAAGUGGAUCUUGUAUGCCUAUGUAUCUCUAUUCUAUAAUACUCGGCUGUAUCGAAACUAUAACAUAGUACAUUCAUUGUAUAAUAUUGGGUGUUUUCCAGCUAGGACACGCUAAAUUACACAGUGUGUAACACUGUGUAAAGUUCUUGUUGGAACAAUCAGUGUAUGUUUAAUUUCUGAAAAUCUCUUCAGAAGACGGUUUUGACUUUAUAAUAUAUUAAAGGAUCUCUAUUGUUAAAACAUGGUUAUGAUAUAUUGUACGAUUUUUGUAAACAAAUUUAAAGAAUUACAAUUUAUUUUGAAGAGAAGUG